AUGAAUUGCUGUCAAGCAUUUUUCGUGUACCGGUUUGCCCGCGUUAUACUGCUUCUUCAGCACUCGGUGCGCAGCUUUGAGGUCCGGAAGGGGAAGCGCCUCCCUCUCCCCGUCCGCGGGUUCGCCUCCAUCUCCGUGCCGUCCUCCUUCGGUGGAGGAGGAGGAGGAGGAGGCGGCGGGGACGACUCCGGUGCCGGCGCUGCCGCGGCUGCUCUGGGUGAGGCCGAGCCGGCGGACGGCGACCCCGACGCCAUCGUGCUCCAUGUCGAGGGGAUGUGCUGCGGCGGAUGCGCUGCCAAAGUCAAGCGGAUGCUGGAGAGCCAGCCUGAGGUUACUGCUGCCAUGGUUCACUUUGAAAAGGCGAUUGCACUUGUGAGGACAACACCUGAAGCAAAGGCAAUGGAAGAUUGGCAGAAACCACUGGGUGAGAAACUUGCAAAUCACCUGCGGAUUCCAUUCUCAUCUGCAAGAUGAAGGAGUAGCCACAAAAGCUGAUUCUUAACCUCGACAACGAGUGCCCCUCAAGUUUUGCCAUCAGUGGGUCCUUGAACGAAAAGUGAAGACAGUACCUACUUUUGUCGAAGUUGUAUAUGCGGCUCUAUGAGAUGCAUUUUGAUUGAGAGUUAUGUAGUUCUGAAUAAUAUCAUUAUGCAUGUACUCACUGUAACAGUUAUCAGAGCAUUCCUCAAUCCUGAAA